GUGGUACAAGCUAAUUUUUUUAUGGGUAAACACCAUCAAAUCGAGAAGACUAUUCCAUACCCGUUCCACCACUCCUAUAAAGCGGGUAUGAGUCGCCUUAAAACAUGUCAAACAGGUCGAUUAAAAAUAGGUCAAGUGACUCACUGUUAUCUACCAUGUAUGAAGCACCAUGAUAAAUUCAUGACACCAAAAACUUUAGUUUCCCAAAUUGGACCGAAGAGAAUUAUCAAGGAAAAUUAUGCAAAUGAAAUUAAAGGCCCUUUGAUUCAGUCUCAAUCAAGUUGAGACACUUUUUACGUUCAUAUGCAUGUUGUCCUCUAGCCCUUGCAUUAUACACAUGAACACUAUUAUGUCGCAUCAUUAAUCUUCCGUAAAACGCGUAAAUAUCUUUAUUAUACCAAAUCAACUAAUUAAAGAGAUUCGUCGAAUGUGAUUAAGAUGCCUUGGAUUAGUACUAAUUAAAAAAUACCCUUCAUGCAAUUAUAUGUGACUAUGUUGAUGACCCUUAUCAAGUGAACACCUUUCCCACACUUGUAUAAUCAAGCCCUAUAGUUUAUGUAUUAGUGGGCGUAAUUAAUGACCACCCAUUGCCAUUUGCAAGUUGUUUAAGCUAAUUAAGCGGUCAAUUAAGAAUUCUCCUACAUAAGUUGUCCGUUUGUGUGUUAACUAACUAAUAAGGGAGGACUUGUCCAAGAUCUUCCCUACCACGUUGUAUGGACACUUCCCAAUGGCUGCACAUUAGGGUUUGGUUAGACAGAGACAAACAACUUAUCCUUCUUUAUUCGACUAAUGGCUUAGGUCCUAAUGGGGUAGGUGCUAAUGAACAAAGCUUGAUGAUGAUGAUAACUGAAACCCUAAUUAGUGGUUUGAGCUUUGAUGAUAGUUAACUAAUGUCAGGGGGAUAAUUAGUUGAAUUGAUUACUCCUUAGCCAAAGAACCCUUUUGACUAAUUGGAUGCAUGCAUGAGUAGCAUUUAAGUUUGCUGAGGAUCAAAACUAGAGCUUAAAAGAUAAUGAAGGUGGGUUAGUCUAGCUAGCCAUGUUACUUGUUAACCUUCACCCUCAUUUUACUCAAAGAUUGGUGGCAUCUUUUCAAUCACCCACAAUGCGGUAAUCGAGGUGGUCGAUCCACUGAGCUUAUAUGAGGAAAGAUCGAUUCGAGGUUUGAAUUAUGUGACUAUAGCUAGUUUCCAUGUGAAGUUUUCUCGAAGGAACAUGCGUAGACGAACACAAAUGAUAUUGCAACCUUGACCAGAUGGAUUUCUCGUUCAUUCAUGUAGAUUAUGGUUUUCUUUAACUCUUGCUAUAACACCUUUCCUUAUAGGAAUCAGAUUGAGUGAUUGAGUAACCCAAAAAUGUUGCAAUAUUAACCAAAUAGGUUUAAUCGUUUGUUUCAUAAAUGAUUUCUUUCUUGUCGUAGCAUAACCCGUCACGGGAAAUAAAAUAACCUCUAAUUUGGUCAAAUGUAAUCGAUAUGAAACCGUUUCACAAACGCAACCAAACUUCAUUUUCUGUCUCGAUUCUUUUCAAAUUUGAUUUGAUGGAAGGAGGGUGAUUGGUUUGGUCUCCACGCAAACCAAUGGGACUAGUAUUUGGGGAGCUUCCAACAGCCUUCCACUUGGCCAAUGUGGUCCUUCAACUGACAAUGAAAAGGAGAGAAAAAAAAGCCCAUCAGAUAUUCUUCGACCCAAUAAAAAUCUAAACAGUUAGAUUCCCUUCUCCACAUGGUGCGGAAGCCCACAACUUUUUGUUUAGACUUUAGAAUUGGCAGCACAGAGCAGACCAAUAAAUGAUGCUGCUGGGAUGGUCAAGGCUCAAGACCGUUUACCCAAACUCCAAACUUUGAGGAGGCCAAGUUUGAAUUUUUGACCAUAAGAUAGACUGAUAGGUUGGUUGCUAACUUGUGAUGGUUAACACUAAUUUUGAGUAUGAUAGGUUGACACAAAUGUAGAAUAGGAACUAAUAUUACAAAAGACUGAUUUGUAUUUGAAAAAAAUGACCAGAUGCAUAUUGGAAAUUACACAUAAAUGUACAUCCCUGAUAGGAGAAUUAUCGACAAUCACAAACUAUUGUGUUCUAUCCUAAACGAUUACAAUCAGUACUUCUCAUUACCAAUAGUAUCUGAAUUCAUUAGCCUUAUAUGAAGCUCUCCACACGCACUUGGUCGGCACAGAAAGAUGACCUGUCAUGAAAUAGUAGCAAGCAGUAGCAGUGAUCACGAAGCAAUAAAACCAUAUUCUUCGCUAAUUUGAGUUUAUGCAGAGAAUAUAUGUAAGUAUCAGCAUCACCGGUUUCGACCAAUAUCGGGAUUCGGGAGGCAAGAUCGAUAUCAAAAUCGUCGAAUUUCGUAUAAUAAAUAAGAAAUAAUGACGAGUGGCUCAAAUUCGAGCAUCUUUGUUCGAUUUCUUCGAAAGCGAAAGAAUCAAUGGACAAGUGAGAAUGACCCCUUGAAGAUCCACACUCUAAUGCGCAAGUUAAUAUAACACAAGAGAAGAAUGUAUGUAAAGCGUAUAGAAAUUUACAGUGAGAAACAAGUUUAGAUAGAGACAUGUACAGUGAAUGUGGGAAGGGAAGAAGGGGAUCCCUAUCUUGGAAGGUUUGAGGAUCGUAGAGUGAGAAGCCCUAGAGUGUUCUUGGGUCCUAGCUGAGGUGCUUCGCAAUGGUUGGGCGUCUAGGCCUUUGUGAGAGCAUCUACAACGACUUUCAUGCACCAUUUUAUUUGGUGAGGUGGCAUUGUUUCAUCCUAUUUCAUGGAUGUGAGAAUGCAUUUCAACAAUGAAAUAGCUAAGAGCAUCUGUAUCCCUUGUCUUCUCCCUAUUUCAUAGUGACAUGACAUCUUUCAUUGGCUAUUUCAUGGUUGGAGGAACCCAUGUCAGACAAGGGAUAUUUCAUCUACGGGUCGUUUGUUUUAUGGUUUGGAAAAAUGAAGGUUUUGGUAAACCUUGGGUUUUGUAAAUCAUGGAUGUUUGAGGGUUUUGGGUUCAUUAUGGACUUCAAAAAUACCAUUGUUUGUGUUGGGGGUAUUACUCAGCCAUUAGGAGUUUGGGCCCCCAGACAAGUGACUUGGGGGGCAAAGCCCAAAAGAGGGUCCUGGGAAAUGCCAAAAGGCCCAAAUAAGAGGAGGGGCGCAUGAAGACAAAACGCUAAAGGCCAAAGGAGUCCCGGCUGUCGGGUGGUCCAUCACCUGGGGGCGCCUGUCACGCCGCAGAAGCCUGACAAGGUGGUUGGGGUGUCUGACAAAAAGUGUACAAAGCAUUAAAUGGGCACAAUGACGUGGAGGAGAUCAACCUCGAGUUCGGUGAGUAUAAAUAGGGGCAGUUGGUAGCAUUUACACAGGUUGGACUCUCUCUCACUAAAAUACCACUUGAGGACUUUACUCUCCCACUAAGACUAACUUGGGCGUCGGAGGAUUAACGGGCCGAGGCGCCCUCCUCUUUGUGUGUGUAGGUCAACGUUCGUCGGAGGAAGACGUCCAGAUAGUGAGGGGAGUUUCGUGGCUCAAACAAUUGGCGCGCCAGGUAGGGGAAUAUAACCUGAAAUCAUGAGUGAGGAGAUGGAGGUGAGUGACGGAAGGGAAAGGGAAGAGAUCACAGAGGACCAGUCAGAACGACUAAGGGGGCUGACGCCUGAGAUGGAUGAAAGGGAGGAGAGCGAUAGCAUGUUUCGAGGGUCGGAAGGCGCCUCGAUGACAAAGAGAGAGCUGUACAGGAUCAUUGAGGACCAAGAUGGAGCAAUCGAGGCGCUCCGGAAGGAGGUCGAUGCCCUAAAGAGAGGUGGAGGAAUGACACCCAGUCCGACGAAGAAAAGAGAAAGGGUGGCGGAAACGGAAAGUGAGUCGGGUUAUCAGAGGCGCCCCAGUGUGUGGCGCCCCCGCGAGUACGGAGGGUUAGGGACAGGAGGAUGGAGUGGAGGAAUUUUGGGGCGCCUGUCUCGCCACGGACCCGUGAGGCAACCGUUGGCGCGCAACAUAUUAGCGGAGCCAGCAGGGACCAACAUCCCCCCGCUCCCCACCUAUGAUGGGGUCACCGAUCCGGAAGACCACCUCAACGGUUAUUUCACGAAGAUGCAGCUCUACAACAGCACGGGCGCCACUCUGUGCAAGGUGUUCCCGUCAACCUUCUCGGGCGUGGUGCUUGAUUGGUAUUACCAAAUCGAAGAAGGGCGCAUUGAGUGCUUUGAGCAAUUCGCGGAGAUGUUCCUCGCGAAGUUCGCCAGCAGGAAGCGGCGCACCCUAACCAUAGGCGCCCUGUUCAAGAUUAAGCAAAAAGAGGGAGAGGCGCUGAGGGAGUUUUAUGAGAGGUGGUUAUCUGUGGCUCUGGCAGCGAAGGACGUACAGCCAUCAGUGUUGGGGGUGUGUUUGAACGAGUGCACCACCAGCGAGGAGUUGUGCAGAUCGCUAGCAAAGAGAGACGUGGUAUGCACUGAAGACUUGGACCACCGGGUACAAAAGGUGAUCAUUCUCGAAGAGACGCUGGCGGCCAGGAGAGCCGACCGGCGAAAGGCGAAAGGAGAAGAGACGGAGCCGGCGAGGAGGCCACACUUUGCAAGCGGUCCGGGGUAUGCGCCCGCGAACCCCCCUCCUCCCAGGCGAAUGGAGGCCGGGCGUCCGACAUCUAGGGGGCCCUUUGCCGAAUAUACAGACACUCUGAAAAAUAUACUCCAGCAUGUCAAGGAGAAGGGGUACCAUAUCAGAUGGCCGGGCCCCAUGAGAGGGCAGCCCAAUGAGCGGAAUCUGGAUCGAUAUUGUGACUUCCACCGAGAGGUGGGGCACCACACGGCCGACUGCUACCAAUUGAAGACCGAGUUGCAAGGCUUGGCUGACAGGGGGAUGCUCAAUGAUUUCGUCAAAAAGCCUGAAGAAAGAGUGCACCGGGCCUGUGUGGCUGGCGCAGAAAGAACAGUAGAAAGGCUGCCACCACCGCCAUACGACCUCGACCAAGAAAACGCGCCCGAACGGGUGCGCCUGACUAUUGAGGCUAUUUCGGGAACUGUGGACUUGAGAGAGAAGAUAGAGGCGAAUCGUCGCUUGAGGGCAGCGUCGGCGGAAGCCCAGGAGGCGAUAGACAUCAGUUUCAAUAGAGCGCCCGAAGAAGCAUGCAUGCUCCCAUCCAUGGACGCCCUGGAGAUACAAGGUGUGGUGGCAGGGUGUCAGGUCAGGAGAAUGCUCGUUGAUACAGGGAGUUCAAUGGACGUGCUAUUUAAGGACACAGUGGUCCGCAUGCAACUAUCACCAGAACUGAUCAGGCCCUCGGAGUCGGUGUUAGUUGGCUUUUCAGGGGCGCCCGCCAAGGUAAUAGGGCGUGUGCGCCUACCAGUUACCUUGGGGGAUGGGGAGCAGAGGAUGACACGUGCCAUCGAUUUUGGAAUAGUGGACUGCCCGUCGCCAUACAACGCGAUUCUGGGAAGGCCCCUCCUGGCCUUGUUCAACGGCGUGGCCUCCACUUGCCAUCAGAUGUUGAAGUUCAUUGCGCCACAAGGAGUAGGCGUGGCGCGGGGAAGGGGCGCUCCGCGCUAUGCGAAAGAAACAGGACGAAAGCGGAAGGGCAACGAAUCAGUCAACUUGGUGGACAUCUCGGCGGAAGAGGCGCCCCGAGCUGAAGCGGCCGACAAAGAAUGUAUGGUGGCACUAGAUUUGGAACGCCCGGAAAGACAAGUGAGGAUAUCAGCGGAGGCGCCUGAUGAAGUGAAAGAACGAAUCAUCGCCCUUCUGAGGGAGUUCGCGGAGCUCUUCGCCUGGAGCGCCUUGGAAAUGCCGGGCGUCGCCCCUGAGACGGCCGUACACCGACUGGCGGUAGAAGAAGGAAAGCGCCCCGUGCAGCAAAAGCGGAGAAAUUUGUCGGCGGAAAAGGAGGCGGCCCUCAGGACCGAAGUAGAUAAGCUCAUGGGCGCCAACUUGGUUAAAGAAACAUUCUAUGUCACCUGGCGGUCGAACGUGGUCUUCGUGCCAAAGCCGUCGGGAGAUUGGAGAAUGUGUGUGGAUUACACAAACCUGAACAGAGCGUGCCCGACAGAUGCCUAUCCGAUGCCCCGUAUAGACUUACUAGUAGACGCCACGGCAUAUCAUGAGAUGUUGAGUUUUGUGGACAUGUUCUCAGGGUAUCACCAGAUUCCCAUGGCAGAGGAAGACCGACCCAAGACAGCUUUCAUGACGCCUUUCGGAAACUUUUGCUACCGGGUCAUGGCAUUCGGCCUCAAAAAUGCGGGCGCCACUUAUCAGAGGAUGGUCAACAAUGUCUUCCGUAAGCAAAUCGGCCGAAACGUAGAAGCCUACGUGGACGACUUGAUAGUCAAGAGCCGGAGACGCGAGGACCAUCUGGAAGACUUGCGGGAAACAUUUCAAGCUAUGCGGGCGCACAAUCUCCGCCUCAAUCCAUUAAAAUGCGUGUUUGGUGCUGAGGCGGGCAAAUUCCUGGGAUUCAUGAUUACCAAACGGGGCAUCGAGGCCAAUCCGAAGCAGGUGGACGCCGUUCUCCAGUUGGCACCACCAAAGGCGCCCAAGGAGGUACAAGCUCUGGCGGGAAGAUUGGCGGCCCUGGGGCGUUUUAUCCCCCGGUCUGCAGACAAGGCAGCCCCAUUCUUCCGGACGCUCAAAAAGGGAACACGCUUCCAAUGGACGGCGGAAUGUGACACAGCGUUUGAAGAACUAAAGCGGCUCCUGGCCGCCCCGACGGUUAUGACGGCGCCCAAGAUGGGAGAGACUUUGUACCUUUAUAUCGCUGUGUCAGACGUAUCGGUAAGCGCAGUGCUUGUCUCAAGGGAAGCCAACUCCGGCGAGGAAAAGCCGGUGUACUAUGUAAGUCGGACCAUGGUGGCCCAUGAACGACGAUACGCACCCAUUGAGAAGGCGGCGCUGGCAGUUGUGAUGGCGGCGACCAAACUAAGGCCAUACUUUCAGGCGCACACCAUCAUGAUACUCACCAAUCUGCCGUUGAAAUCUACGCUGGGAUCAAUGGACGUGGCUGGGCGCCUGGUUAAGUGGGCGGUGCAACUGAGCGAGUUUGACAUCAAAUAUGCGCCCCGACCGGCGAUAAAAGCACAAGUCUUGGCCGACUUCAUCGCGGAAGGAGUAGCAGAGUCCGAAGAGAGCGCGACCGAAUGUUGGCAAGUGCAGGUUGAUGGAGCCGCCAGUCGUACGGGCGCAGGGGCGGGAAUUGUGAUGAUCAGUCCAGGCGGUGCAAUGCACGAAGUCGCGUUGCGAUUCGCAAAGCUGAAAACGAACAAUGCUGCCGAAUAUGAAGCAGUGAUUGCUGGCAUGAGCAUGGUCAAAGAAUUGGGCGCCCGCAAGGUACAGAUCAAAUCCGACUCGGCCCUGGUGAUCAAUCAGCUUAAUGGGGUCUUUGAGGUUAAGGAGGAAGCACUAGAAGGGUACGUGCGAAGGGUGCGAGAGUUGGGGGCUUGGUUUGGAGAAAUAUCCUUCAUACAUGUCCCACGUGAAGAAAAUGCCCAUGCCGACGCCUUAUCCAAACUGGCAACGGCAAUAGACUUCGAGGAAGAGAGGAAGGUCAUUGUCACCUCUGAAGCGCCUUGUGAACACCUGGUCGCCACCAUUUCCGGCGGAGGCGCCAAUUCCGGAUGGAUGGCACCCAUCGUCUCGUUUCUAGCCCAUGGAGCGGUGCCCGACGAUCAGAAGGAAGCCUGGCGCCUACGCCGCAAAGCGGCCAGAUGCUCCAUAAUCGAAGGACAGCUGUACAAGCGAUCCCACACAGGAGCUUAUUUGAGGUGCCUCGACGAAGAGGAGAGUAAACAAGCAAUCAAGGAGGUGCAUGAGGGGACCUGCGGAAUGCACGCGGGCGCCCGAAGUUUGGAAAAAACAUUGCUGCGACAGGGGAUGUACUGGCCAACGAUGAGGCGAGACACGAGAGCCCACGUGGGCGCCUGCCACCAGUGCCAGAUCCAUGCAAAUGACAUCCACAUUCCGGCAGCACCCAUGCAAGGCAAUGUAGGAGCCUGGCCAUUCGCCCAAUGGGGCAUGGACCUUUUGGGCCCUUUCCCAAAGGCGCCCGACCAAAUGAAAUACUUGAUAGUGGCAGUCGACUACUUCUCCAAGUGGAUAGAAGCGGAACCCUUGGCCACGGUCACAGAGGCCCAGGUGCGCAAGUUCACCAAGAAGAACAUAUUCACUCGAUUCGGCUUGCCUGAAUCCAUUGUCACAGAUCACGGGAAGCAGUUCGAUUGCAAAAAAUUCAUUGAGUUUUGUGACGACAAUGGGGUGGUGUUGCGUUUCUCUUCGGUCGCCUACCCCCAAGCAAAUGGUCAAGCUGAGGCAGCUAACAAGAGCAUUCUCCAUGGCUUGCACACGAGACUGACAGGCGCCAAGGGAAGAUGGGUGGAAGAACUGCCAAGUGUGCUGUGGGCGCAUCGUACCACCCACAAAACGGCCACAGGAGAAACACCCUUCGCCCUUACUUACGGAAGCGAUGCCGUCAUUCCGGUGGAACUCAACACACCAAGUUACCGCGUGGCCCAGUACGAUCCAAAUGGCAAUGACGAGGCACGCUCAAAUGACUUAGACAUGGUGGAUGAGGUGAGGGAAGUAGCGGCGAUCCGCCUAGAAAAAAUGAAGAGGCAGGUGGCUCGGUACUACAACAAAAAGAUGCGUGCCCAUGGGAUCACAGAAGGCGCCCUCGUCCUCAAACGAGACUUCCGCCCCGACGCCCGCGAGGGGAAGCUAGCACCGAAAUGGAAGGGACCAUACCGAGUUCGUGAAAUGGUGGGACCCAGUACAUUCAAGUUAGAACAUAUUGACGGCCGUGUGGUGAAAAGAACAUGGAAUGCGCAAAACCUGCGAUCUUACUUGGCGGGCGCAACAUCUGAAGACGACGCCUCGAUUUAAGAAAGGCGAAAGACAGAAAGUGUUGUUUUGUGACAAGUGCGUAGGUAUGUUGGUAUUAUGAUCAAAAGCGCCCGAAAAAACAGCGCCGUAUUAUUACUAAAAGCGCCCUUUCUAUAGCGCCCUAAUUUUGCUGUGAUCAGUUUAAGAAAUUUCGUGUGAACACAAAAGCGACCCAAAAUAGCGCCCCAAAUAGCGCCCGGCAACACUGAGUAUAGUAAAGCGCCACAUUCCGC